UUGCCAAGCGUCAUUAAUGCGCUCAUUAGACAUGUUGAUGCUUUUCGGGAGGAAGGUUUGUCGCCUGACAUUCGCCGAAAAGCGGGAGCGAGAUGCAAACAGCGAGGAGCAGCUCGCUGUCUUGUCCCGGGAACCUGGAUUCCGCCUGUACUGAGAAGUCCCAACCUUUCCCCCUGCUCUCCUCGUAUCUCAUUGACAGCAUUUUGGGGCGCACCAACCGGCCCGUGAAACGCCAAGAUGCCCCCUCGCCUGGCACCAGAACUGGGAAAAACUUCAGGGGAGAAAUGGUUCCGGGUAGAACGGAGAAUGGAAGCAAAUCACUUCAAAUGGAGGAAAAUGCGGGUCAUUUGGCCGGUUCACGGAAGCAAACGGUGGGUUGGCAUCAGUUUUCAACGGGCCUUGCUCGUUCUGAACCAGGGGGAGGUAAAGGAGGGUUUGGACGCCGGGAUAAUGAAGAGAGGAACGAAGCCGACUCGCUGGCAGCACCAGUGGAGAGACGGGGCGAACUGAAGGGGCCAAACGCUCUGCCUUCGACGCCGGCUGGAAAAAGUGGUGGGGAGAGAGAGCGAGAGUCAGGUAGCCAGUCGCUGGAAGAGGGGAAAGAGGAGGAGAGGACGGAGGAAGUAGCGGAUGAGAGAGAGUGUGUGGAGGGUAAAACCAGCCUUCACUACUUCCCCUGCAUUGAUGAACAAGAGGACGGGCCGUUCAAACGGAAACAGCGGCGCUACAGAACCACAUUUACCAACUUUCAGUUGGAGGAACUGGAGAGAGCUUUCAGAAAAACCCAUUACCCCGAUGUCUUUACAAGGGAAGACCUGGCAAUGAGACUCGAUUUAACCGAAGCACGGGUCCAGGUUUGGUUUCAAAACCGCAGAGCCAAGUGGAGGAAGCGUGAGAAGGCAGGGAGCCUGGCCCAUCCGCACGGGUUGUCAUUGAGUAGUCCGCUGGAGCUCUACUUGGAUGUACCGCUGACCCAAUCCACCGGCAUGGAUCCGAGUUGGAGGUCGUCAUCCAUACCAACACUCUCUCCGGCGACAGCACCCAGCGCCUACAGCUCGGCAGCCCAGCUAGGAAUCAGUACCUUCAUCGGGACCACCUUCUUCAGACAUCCCUUACUCAACCCACACUUUGGAAGAUUCUUCACGGCGAUGAACCCUCUCAUGGCGACCUCCCUGAUUGUGAAGCCCUCUGUCCCGUCGGCGGACCCCGGGCCCUUCCCACCGCACUCUGACUCCACGGCCAUGGAUAGGAAGUCCAACAGCAUCGCAAGCCUGAGACUGAAGGCGAAAGAACAUACAGCACACGGCCCCGCCAUCUCUCUGCUCCCCACCUUCACCGCCUCGGGCAAGCAGAUCUGUUAAGGACAUCCUAGUAACUAGACUGUACUUCAGCGACCGGGCGGACAAUAUCUACAGAUAAAACAAUCCGUGAGAUUGAACGCAAUCGGAUAACUGUUGUCUGCCGAACUGGUACUUAGAAAUGAUUUAAAACUCACGGGCGGAAGACAUCAGACGAAAGACAAGUCCGCCAGGUCCGGGUUAACAGCGAGCUCCUUUACCUAUUGGGAAUGGGCACACGCUAUCACACGCUAACUGUUAAUAAAUUCUUAAAUUCGUCAACUUCAGUCACAUUUUGACAUUCUGUAGGAGUAUCUAUUGCAGAACUGCCUUGUGCUCUAAGCAAUUUAUUUAAAAAGCCAAAGUCAUUUCGAUAGAGACACCGUGUUCAUUUGGGCUGUGAUUUUGCUUCUAAAAGAUUGGGUGGGAGAGAUGAUGUCUUUAUUUAGGGACUUUAUUCUGAUGAUGUCUUUGUUCUGUAUAGCUAGGAAUUUUAGUACACGGAUCGCCAUAUGAAGAUCUAUUUAAUUUAUGAAAUGCCAUCUGAUUCAACCGAAUUAUAGUAUUUUAACAGUAAGUGAUUUGUCCCUUGUGGUUUCUGAGAUUUAUACAAAUAAAUAAACGUGGAAUUAA